UAAAAAUAAGAGUGUACACAACUAGUUACAUCUAUCAAAAUUAAAAAUAUUCAACCCAUUCAGUCGAUUGAAUAAAAAUUUAAAUUCUGAAUUCGCGCCAAAGUUACGUCAUUCAUUUAACUUUGACAGAUGACAUAACCGGUUACUCUUUUUAAGCUCCCUGUCAUGAAUUCCUUUAAACUGGUUAACAAUUAUUGCUUCUUGAGGCCCACAUUUCGACUUUUUUUUGCAAAUCGAAAUGCCACCACAGUAAUUGACCCUCCAGACAGCCCCGAUAUUAAGAUCCCCACACCUAAAGUUCGUGACAAUGAGCCUCUGGAACAGAGGCGGGCCAGGCUUUUGUAUCAGUCUCGUAAAAGAGGGAUGCUCGAAAAUGAUCUCUUAUUAAGUACUUUUGUAGCUAAAUAUUUGAACACUUUUACUGAAAGCCAGUUGGAGCAGUAUGACAAGCUUAUAAAUGGUCCUUCAAACGAUUGGGAUAUUUAUUAUUGGGCCACUGAGAUAAAGGAGACUCCAAAGGAGUAUCAACAUGAGAUUAUGACGCUGUUGAAGGAACAUUGCAAGAAUUUGAAUAGGGAGUCAAGGAUUAGACAACCUGAUCUCUAAAUGUGUAUUAUUUGUUUUUUGUUGUAACGUUGUGUAAAUAAAUAAAUAAAUUAAUAAAUUA